AUGGGAACCUGUUAAUCGUAGAAGCAAAAUAAGAACUUUGCGAAUUAAAUAAACUAAAUUAAUCUGGCUACUUAAUUUCCUAGACUUACAGAUUAAAUCCAUUUUUUUGAUUAGAUUAGUUUGGAACAAUUAAAUUAGCCUGAUUUGUCAGCCUUUUUGUCUAAACAUAUAAACAAGAAUAGAAUAGUCAAUGAAGGCAAGACUUGGAUUGUAGUUAAUGAAGUCAAAUGCAUUUUAAAUACGAAAUCAAUUGUUCUAAUACGAAACUUUAUUCCAGAAACAGAUGCAGCCAUGCAAUUGAUAUAUUUACUCAAAUAACUAAUUUCAGUAUCAAUGAGAGUUUAAGAGUUAUAAGUGGAUUUUAAUGAGUAUGCUGUUGAAUUGUUCCAUUACUUUCAGGCUUAGCUGGUCUAAGUUUCAAUAGAAGUAUUAUUGGCUGUGAACACAUUAAUGAAGAAAUAGGAACACUGGUGGAAUGACAACUAUUUUAGCUGGAGGAAAAAUUAUAUACAAUCGAUGUUUAAAAUUAAGUAGCCUGAUGUAGAGAAGGUGGAAAUCAUCCAUCCAUUCUUUGAAUACAUUGCCUUGUUAAAGGAAUGUGCCAAGUAAUUUUGUAAUCAACUCAAAUCUCCAGAUCUUAUAGCCAUAGACAUCAAGGCUUAAUAAGAAGUCUUAGAAUAAUUUUACAAUCAAUUAAGAACUGGCUUUUUAUAAAAUCAAUCCACUCAAGUAGAUAGCAUCAAUUGGGAACAUCAUUUGGCUUCUAAACAAUUAGAAUAACGACUUUAAACUUACACUCUCUUCAUUAAAAAGAAAAACUCUAUUUCUUGA